AACUCUAUUGACUAUUGUACCCAAAAUGCAACGCGUAUCUUAAGCCUACUGCGCAUGCUCAUUUCCACCACCGAUUUUGUAAUAUCUACUUUCUUUUCCAAAUGUAAUCGUUCAGGUUGCAAUAAUGCAGCUAGAUAUGAACGGUACUUUAUCCGUCCAUGAUUUUGGCACUGCAAACCGACGUUGACAUUUUUGCAGGCGGCGAGACCGUAUCACUCAGCAACGAGGGAUUUAUUUCCAUUCGCCGCAGUAGCUAGUUUAGGUGACGUUAUUCUCCACUAAUGUUGAAAGCAAGGAAUUAUGUUGUAACGUUAUUUCUGUGGCAAACAACAGUUGUAAACUGUCUGUCAGUGUCAGUCUGGUGAAUGAGUUAAUGGACUGAACGGUAAAGCGAAUUGGGGAGUUAACGUAGCUGUCAGCAACUUUGACUUUGUAACGCCUUCGCUAACUAGAAGCUAGCUGGCUAGUUAGCCCUGACAAGAAGACAACAUGUGGCAAAGCGUUGGUCUAACUGUGCUGGUUAUUGUGGCCACCCUUGUGUGUGCGUUGCUCUUCAUGGUGUUUGGUUGGUAUGUUGUCUGGCAGCUCUUUCUGUCCAAGUUCAAGUUCCUGCGUGAGAUGUUGGGCGACACCGGAUCUCCACAGACAGAGACCCAGCCGUCCGAAUCAAAGAGCAAGCAUACCUCUCCUCCAACCCAACGCCAGAGGCUCAAGACUGCCCGCCAGAGGGUUGUUCCUCCUGAAAACACUACAUAGAUGACCACACCGAUCUGCUAUCAGUCUCGCCCUGUUCCCCUAUUCACCCCUCGUCACUCUAGGAAACCGUGGUGGACAAAAUGAAACCCCUUACUAAAUGGCAUGAUGUCGAAUGUCAUACUAUUCCCAUGUCCAUGCAUACUACUCCCCUUUCCACUACCUUACAACGUCCUCGUCGUAGACACUUGAUACUCUACUUUUCUCUCCUGGACACUCUUACGAGACUACGUAUAGCUGCUGAUGUUAUAAAGGCACAAGCCAUCAAAUCAUGGGACAUUCUGUGUACAACUUGUUCACGUUUCAAAUAUUUAUUUUAGCUGUUCACAGUAUAUGUACUGAGCAGCACAUCCAGUCUCUUCACUUGGCCUUAACUGACACUGCAAUAUGGUCAGCUCCCACUGGCUGUCAUGCUGCUAACACCUGCACAGGGAAUCGCUGCUAACACCUGCACAGGGAAUCUGUUUCUCCAUGAUCACACAAGUGAAUUCUCUGUCAAGACUGUGUAUGUGUGCGUUUUGAGAGUUUGUUUAUUUGAACAUGUUUUUGUAGCAAAGCCUAUAUUCUGACAAACCUAGACAAACUGUUGUAUAAAACAGGCACAUUUGUUAGCAUUUGCUUUCAGACAGAAGCAAAACAACUGCUAGAAGAAAAAAAAACGUAAUGAAACAAUUUGUAUAACUGAUAAAGUUCCUUGUCGUGUUCAUUUCACUUUAUUUGUAACCAAAGUGCAAUGAAAGGAAUGUUUAUUUUUGAGGUUUUUAUUGUUGGUCAGAAAUUAAUACAUAUACAGUACAUUCAGAAAGUAUUCAGACCCCUUGACUUUUUCCACAUUUUGUUAUGUUACAGCCUUAUUCUAAAAUAAAAAUGGUUUACCCUCAUCAAGAGGAAACACAGAUCCCCAGAUCUGUGCCUCGACACAAUCCUGUCUCGGAGCUCUAACGGACGAUUUCUUUGACCUCAUGGCUUGGUUUUUGCUCUGACAUGCACUGUCAACGGUGGGACCUUAUAGACAGGUGUGUGCCUUUCCAAAUCAUGUCCAAUCAAUGGAAUUUACCACAGGUGGACUUCCAAGUUGUAGAAACAUCUCAAGGAUAGUCAAUGGAAACAGGAUGCACCUGAGCUCAAUUUCCAGUCUCAUAGCGAAGGGUCUGAAUACUUAUGUAAAUAAGGUACUUCUGUUUUUUUUUUAUCAAUCUACAAAAUGUCAACUGUUUUUUUCUUUGUCAUUAUGGGGUAUUGUGUGUAGAUGAGGACAUUUUUUUAAUGUAAUCUAUUUUAGAAUAAGGCUGUAACAAAAUGUUAAGUCAAGUGGUCUGAGUACUUUCCGAAUGCACUGUAUAACUGUUGUUAUGGAAUGGUGUGGUUACAAUACCACAACGAAGACGAUAUCCAGGCUCCGUAUGUACAGUUGAAGUCGGAAGUUUACAUACACCUUAACCAAAUACAUUUAAACUCAGUUUUUCACAAUUCCUGACAUUUAUUCUAGUUUGAAAUUCCUGGUCGUAGGUCAGUUAAGAUCACCACUUUAUUUUAAGAAUGUGAAAUGUCAGAAUAAUAGUAGAGAAGGAUUUAUUUAAGCUUUUAUUUCUUUCAUCACAUUCCCAGUGGGUCAGAAGCUUAUUUACACUCGGUUCGUAUUUGGUAGCAUUGCCUUUAAAUAGUUUAACUUGGUCAAAUGUUUCAGGUAGCCUUCCACAAGCAUCCACAAUAAGUUUGGUGAAUUUUGGCCCAUUCCUCCUGACAGAGCUGGUGUAACUGAGUCAGGUUUGUAGGCCUCCUUGCUUGCACACACUUUUUCAGUUCUGCCCACAAAUGUGCUAUAGGAUUGAGGACAGGGCUUUGUGACGAUCACUCCAAUACCUUGACUUUGUUGUCCUUAAGCCAUUUUGUCACAACUUUGGAAGUGUGCUUAGGGUCAUUGUCCAUUUGUAAGACCCAUUUGCGACCAAGCUUUAACUUCCUGACUGAUGUCUUGAGAUGUUGCUUCAAUAUAUCCAUGUAAUUUUCCUACCUCAUGAUGACAUCUAUUUUGUGAAGUGCACCAGUCCCUCCUGCAGUAAAGCACCCCCAUAACAUGAUGCUGCCACCCCGUGCUUCACGGUCGGGAUGGUGUUCUUCGGCUUGCAAGCCUCCCCCUUUUCCUCCAACCAUAACGAUGGUCGUUAUGGCCAAACAGUUCUAUUUUUGUUUCAUCAGACCAGAGGACAUUUCCCCAAAAAGUACAAGGUUUAAUCCCCAUGUGCAGUUGCAAACCGUAGUCUGGCUUUUUUAUGGCGGUUUUGGAGCAGUGGCUUUUUCCUUGCUGAGCAGCCUUUCAGGUUAUGUCCAUAUAGGACUAGUUUUACUGUGGAUAUAUAUACUUUUGUACCUGUUUCCUCCAGCAUGUUCACAAGGUCCUUUGCUCUUGUUCUGGGAUUGAUUUGCACUUUUCGCACCAAAAUAUGUUAAUCUCUAGGAGACAGAACGCGUCUCAUUCCUGAGCGGUAUGACGGUUGCAUGGUGUUUAUACUUGCCUACUAUUGUUUGUACAGAUGACCGUGGUACCUUCAGGUGUUUGGAAAUUGCUCUCAAGGAUGAUCCAUGUUUUUUCUGAGGUCUUGGCUGAUUUGUUUUGAUUUUCCCAUGAUGUCAAGAGAAGAGGCUCCACGUUUGAAGGUAGGCCUUGAAAUACAUCCACAGGUACACUUCCAAUUGACUCAAAUGAUGAAGCUUCUAAUGCCAUCAGAAGCUUCUAACUCCAUGACAUCUUUUUCUGGAAUUUUCCAAGCUUUUUAAAGGCACAGUCAAUUUAGUGUAUGUAAUCUGACCCACUGGAAUUGUGAUACAGUGAAAUAAUCUAAACAAUUGUGGGGGAAAUUACUUGUGUCAUUCACAAAGUAGAUGUCCUAACUGAUUUGCCAAAACUAGUUUGUUAACAAGAAUUUUGUGGAGUGGUUGAAAAAUGAGUUUUAAUGACUCCAACCUAAGUGUAUGUAAACUUCUGACUUCAACUGUAUCAAGCAUCUCAGAGUAGUAGGAGUGGUGAUCUAGGAUCAGGCUCCGCCCUGUCCAAAUAAUCUUAUUCAUUGUGAUCUAAAAGGCUAAACUGACCCAAAGUCAGCAUUCCUACUCUGAUAUGCUUGAUACAUACUGCCCCAGAACUCCCUAUUAAGGCAACAAAUAAAUAGGCUAUAGCUCAUUGCUCUGGCUAGCUAGCCUCCCAGAGGUGAUAGCUGGGGUGUAUUCAAUAGGGACCAAAUGGAAGCGAAAAGCUGAAUAAGGGAGAACCUAACCUUGUCCAAAAAUAAUCAUUUGUGUUUUCCAUUGUAAAGUAUUUCACUAUGGUGUGCCCUAAAGACUACACCCGAUGCUACAGGGUCGUCACUAGCUUCUGUAGUCAAAGAUGGCAUCCUUCCCUGUGGUUCAUUACAUUAUCUCUGAUCCAGCUAUAAGCCUGACAUUGUAAAACAUGUUAAUUCUCUAUGUAAUGGUUUAACGUGUGAUUGUCCAAAUUUCACUUUUGUUUUGGGCUAUUUCUGUAAUUUACAUCCAGAAUAAAUAUAUUUCUUAACUCUG